AUGCCACAUUCUGUCAAUGUCACCAGUUUGAGUUCUCUCCUUAGAAUAUCUUACCACCUCAGCGCGACCAGGUGUUUCGUGGGACUGGGGAAACAUCAGACAAUCCGACGAACCUUGCUCUUCUCAACCAUCUCUAAAAUGGCCCACUCAACGAACUCGAGGAAAAUAAAAGCCCCAUGGCGCGACCUUCUAGCCUCGCACCUCAAACGAACCCCAGGCUAUGAAUUCACUCUUGGGACAGUUGAACACGGUCCCGAUGGUGAACCAAUGCCCCGUGUCCGCACCUGUGGCUGCCGUGGUUUCUUCCCCGAGCUCGAGCUCCAUCCAAGUGGGCAAGAAGACAUGAAGCAACAGGCCCCGGGUGGUGGGAAUCCUGAUAAAUACGAGAGUGAUAUGUUGACAUUUACAACGGAUGUUCGAAUGGAAAAGCUGGAUCAAAUUGUCGGCUCUGAUCAUCACGUUGAGGCUGUAUUUUGGCUUCCGGACUUGAUGAACCAAUGGCGGGUCAAAGGAAGAGCAUAUGCCUUUGGAAACCCCGAUGUUGAGAAUCCUGAAUCUUCAGAAGAUACAAAAUCCAUGCAACGCAUCACGGAUUGUUUGCGCUUCAAAGAGAAUUACGAUGAGAGCAUGGAGUGGACCUGGGAUAAUGUUGUGACUGAGUAUUUUGCAAACCAUUCUCCCGCAAUGCGAGGCUCUUUCCGAGUCCCGGUUCCUGGAACACCUAGGUCAGAAGUACCCAGUAACCCAGCCUUGAAGCUGGGACAGAAGGUGAAAGAUCUAUAUGAUCCUGUUGCCCGUGCCAAUUUCAGGGUAGUGGCUAUCAUUCCCGACAAGGUUGAGCGACUUGACUUAUCUGACAUGAACAAUGUGCGAAGAGAACAAUGGAGGUUUGAGGAGUACGACAAAUCAAGGGAAUCCGAGCCUUGGGAAUACUGCGAAUUAUGGCCGUGA